AAGAGAUCGAGCCUCAAGGAAAGGGGCGUAUGAAAAGGGUUUUGUUUUAUUCCGCUCGUCUCCUUCAUCCCGGUCACUUUCCAGAUGAGACGGCGGUGACGCUGCUUUACACUUUGAUGGUGGCACGAGGACUUCCUCCCGAGCAAAGAUUAAAAAUAAAUAAAUAAAUAAAUAAAAAUGAAAACACUGUUGUUGCUCCUCUUCUGUGGCAUGUCGUCAUCAGUGAAAUAUUCACUGACGUAUUUGUCCACCGGAUUUUCUGGAGUCCCAAAUAUGCCAGACUUCAUGAUAACGUCAGAACUCGGACAAGUGCAACUGGAUUACUGCGACACCAACAAAACCAGAAGAAGUUAUCCAGGUUUCUGGGAAAAAAUCAAUCAAAUUGAUCCUCUGUUGCUGAAAGGGUACAGUGAACAUUGUUUUAAUGUUCAGCCACUGGUUUUCAAAGGUGUUUUUAGUAGAUUGAAGGAAAACGACCCAAAUGAAGCUGUCCACAUUUUACAGAGUAUAGCUGGCUAUGAGUGGGAUGAAAGAACUGGAGAUGUGAGCUUCUUUGCACGGUAUGGUUAUGAUGGGGAAGACUUCAUGGAAAUUGACGUGAAAAAAUGGACAUGGAUUGUUCAAAACCCCCUGGCUGCCCCAAUCCAACAAAUGUGGGAGGCCAACCUAGUUGGUACAAACGAUUUGAAAGUAUUGUUCUAUGAGGCUUGCCCUCUGUUGCUCAGGACGUUUGUGUCUCUUGGCCUUAUGGAAAAAGCGCUUCCCUCAGUGUCUCUCCUCCAGAAGACUCCCUCCUCGCCGGUCAGCUGCCACGCUACAGGUUUCUAUCCUAACACAGCUCUGAUGUUCUGGAGGAAAGAUGGAGAGGAGAUCCAUGAAAAUGUGGAACAUGGAGAGCCCUUACCCAACCAUGACUGGACCUUCCAGUUAAGUGUUGAAUUGAUUGUUUCCUCAAUCCCACCUGAAGACUGGAGGAGGUACGACUGUGUGUUUCAGCUCUCUGGUCUACAAAACAACAUCACAACCAUCCUGGACAAAAACCUGAUCAGGACUAAUUUGGAGGGCCUGUCUGAGGUCAGUAUUGCCACGAUUGCAACAGUGGCUGUUGUUAUUGUAGUUAUCAUCGUCGCUUUAGGAUUAACUGCAGUCAAAUAUAAAAGUGUUUUUUCAGAAAGACCCCUUCCAGAAAGAACCAGUUCACCUGCUUCUGACACCGUCUCACUCUGAAAGAGUGUAUCCAGAGGCCAACAAACAAACAGCCAUUACUGAUGUCAAAUAUAAAAAUCUGGAAGUCCUACACCGUCUAGUAUAUAUAUAUAUAUAUAUAUAUAUAUAUAUAUA